CCUGGGAAGCAGCCGAACUCCGCUAUUCACGGCCGCCGGUCACGAUAGCAAAGAACAUCGCCACUGCCCAAGGGUUUCUAAUUGACCAAUGUCAACCUUCUCGCAAGACACAAUCGUCUAGUUUAAUACUGCUCUCUGAGCCCACCCCGUCUUGUGGCCAGCAUGCCCAUCAUAUCUCGUGCAGGACCUGGCAUUACACCGGCCUUGAUGAAGGAUACAAUCGGCUUAUCAAUAUGACAGACAGGGACCGGGGCACGGAGGCUUACAAUGCUCAGAUCGAAGGGCUGCGAGAAAGGGAAUAUCCCAUGCUGAGAGAUGAAGUAUAUCUCGAUCAUGCUGGAACCACGCUAUAUGCAAAGUCACUGAUUGAUAGGUUCUCGGCCGAUCUGAUAUCGAAUCUUUACGGCAACCCCCACUCCGGCUCCUCAUCUUCGCAGACAUCAACCUCACGGAUUGACGAUGUUCGCCUUCGGGUUCUGCAAUUUUUCAAUGCCGACCCUUCCGAGUUUGAUCUUGUCUUUGUCGCAAAUGCUACGGCAGGCAUCAAAUUAAUCACAGAAGCAUUUCGCGCGGCCUCUAAUGGCUUCACAUAUGCAUAUCACCAGGCAUGCCAUACAAGCUUGGUGGGUGUUCGAGAGGAGGCUAGAAACAGCCUUUGCUUUGACAAUGCAGCGGUAGAAAGCUGGAUCGGUAACAACUGUCUUCCAGACGAGCUGAGACGCUCCGGACAGACGGCACUGUUUGCAUACCCUGCCCAGUCAAACCUAGACGGCCAGCGCUUACCCCUGGACUGGUCGGAAAGGUUGCGGAAGGGAGCCCAGUCGCACCCCGAGGGUUUUUAUACUCUUCUGGACGCUGCAGCCUAUGCUUCGACGUCACCACUGGACCUUGGUAGUUCGGACGAUGCCCCUGACUUUACAGUACUGAGUUUCUACAAGCUGUUCGGCUUUCCUGACCUGGGUGCACUAAUUGUUCGUCGUCAAGCGGCACCGAUCUUCCGGGAUAGGAGAUAUUUUGGUGGAGGGACUGUUGACAUGGUUGUCUGUGUCAAGGAGCAGUGGCAUGCUUCAAAAGGACAAAGUCUGCACGAGUCUCUUGAAGAUGGCACCCUGCCUGUUCAUAGCAUUAUUGCAUUGGACGCAGCCCUCGAUGUCCACCAUCACCUAUUUGGAACCAUGAAAGAUGUCUCGUCACAUACCUCUUCCUUAGCUCAGCAACUUCACACACAACUGGCGACUUUGAAACAUGGAAAUGGAAACAAAGUAUGCGCAAUCUACUCACCAGAUUUAGAGCAGAGGAAGAGCAAAAAUGGCACCGGACCCGUCGUCGCAUUCAAUCUACAAAAUAGUCAUGGUGCGUGGGUUAGUCUGGCAGAAUUCGAGAAGCUUGCGAGUCUGAAGAAGUUCCACAUUCGCACAGGUGGUGUGUGUAAUCCUGGAGGUAUCGCGACGGCCCUGGGUUUGGAACCUUGGGAAAUGAAACGAAAUUUCUCAUCCGGCUUUCGAUGCGGAAAUGAGAACGAUAUCAUGUGCGGCAAGCCAACAGGCAUAAUACGCGUAAGUUUGGGGCCGAUGAGCACGGCCUCGGACAUUGAUAAGUUUGUCGCAUUUAUCGACGAGUUCUACCGCAUCGAUGAAAUAACUGCUUCGUCAGCCAUGAAUCCAGCCAGGGGGAACACCAAUGACUACGGCCUUCGAGUGCAAGAUAUAAUGGUAUAUCCUAUCAAAAGCUGCGGUGGCUAUCGCGUUCCGAAGGGUAUCCCCUGGCAUGUUCGACCCGAGGGUUUAGCAUGGGACCGGGAAUGGUGUCUUGUGCACAGAGGAACAGGACAAGCAUUGAGCCAGAAAAGAUAUCCCCGCAUGGCUCUCGUCCAGCCGACUAUCGAUUUCGAAAAAGGCGUCCUGGAAGUAAGCUACAAUGGACAGCUCAGCGAGCAUAUACCGCAGACGAUCACGAUACCCCUGUCCGCGGACCCUAGUUUUCUAGAAUCAUCACUACCUACCAAACAUGUCGCAUCGCGAGUAUGCGGGGAACAGAUCACGGCACAAAAGUACACCUCGCCCACUAUCAACGACUUCUUCUCGCACAUUCUCGGCGUCCCCUGCACCUUGGCCCGCUUCCCACCAGGUGGACAAGGCAACAGCAUGCGGCACGCCAAAGCGCAUCUACAAAAGCACCAAAACGUGUCGACCAAAGCCACCCGAUGCUCUUCUCUCCCCGGGAGCUUUCCAGGAAUGGCGACGCCGCCGGACUCGGAUUCCGAGACCGAACAGCACCGCAUCCUGUUAUCAAACGAAAGUCCCAUACUGGCCAUCAACCUCUCGAGCCUCGCCGCUCUCAACCGUGAAAUCGCCGCCCGCGGUGGCAAGCCUGUCCCUGCCGAAGUCUUCCGCGCGAAUGUUGUGAUAGGCAGCUCCGAACCAGACGACGAGUCGCUGGCCUAUUUGGAGGACCACUGGUCCACGCUGCAGAUCGGGCAGCAAGCAUUCAAGAUGUUGGGGUCGUGCCGGAGGUGCCACAUGGUGUGUAUAGACCAGGAGACGGCGACGAAGAGCGAGGAGCCGUUUGUCACGUUGACGAAGACGCGGAGAUUUGAGGGCAAAGUCUUCUUUGGCACGCACAUGUGCCAUUUGCCCACAGUGGCGGAAGCGGGAACGAGGGAAGCGCAACAUCCUACCUUGCAGGUUGGGGAGGAGGUGACGGUUGAUAUUUAGAGAUAUGGGUGUGCUUAAAGUGUGGCAGCAUUUGCACAGCGAUCAUGGUUGGAAUCCUUGAGCACU